AUGAAUGAAUCGAUUGUGCAGCCAUUUGUAGGUAGGGUCUAUGACCCAGAUGACGUCUCCAUUGUAUAUUGCCUGCUAGUGAAUCGCAUGCAAUUUCUCCGUGAGCAGACAUCAGAUGGCUUGGAACAAUCGGUCAGCACCAGUCGUGCCCAUCUCUGUGAGCUUGUAGCCACCCAGCUCCUCUGGCGAUUUGAUCACGAUCACGAUGGCCCCGAAGGACUUCUGCUAUUAGCCAACAUUCUCGUUGCGGGAUUUGAGCCGUUCCAGAACGCGCCAGAGGAUGUUUUACGAGAAAAGCCGCUACCUGCUCAUUGGCCUGUGCAAAAUCGAGGAGGCUACGAACGAAAACUUACGGCGUUGGAAAUUGCCAUAGUCUCCACGAGCAAGAUAUUCCUUAGCUCUCCGGCGUCUCAAAAGGUGGUGGACGCUGUAUAUCGAGGACAGAUUGUUUACACGCCACUCUCGUUCGUCGACAUAUUGCCGGAUCAUUAUAAGCACCGUCCAAUAUCCAUCUAUGAUCCUCGCAAGGCACCUGUUCUAAAUCAAUACCGUCUAAUCGUUCCCCGGAACCGCAUUAUAAUCGAAGUCGGUCAGUUUGCUGUCCUCUUAGCGCUCUACAUCCUUACGAUGUCUUUCCACAACCUGUCGGGAUUGACUGUCCAUGAGGUAAUAUUCUGUGUCUACACCACUGGAUGGAUCUUGGAGGAGUUUGCAGCCAUUAUUGAGCAUGGAUGGCAGGUCCACACGCAGAACCUCUGGUCGUUUCUGGACAUUACCUUUAUAGUCAUCUACGCGGCGUAUUUCACUGUACGGAUGUACACCUUGAUCAGUGGUAGGCUCGAUCCAGGACUCGGCCUCAACAUCCUCGCAAUUGCCGCCCCUGUCCUUCUUCCACGCCUCGCUUUCAACUUGAUGCCCGACAACAUGCUGUUUAUUAGUCUCCGCGCCAUGAUGAGAGACUUUAUUGUCUUGACAUUACUGGCCGUUUGGUGUUUUGCGGGAUUCUUCGUCUCCCUGAAGUGGCUCACCUAUCUCAACGAACCGGCCAAACAUCACGACAUCCUCGAUUCUGCCACAGUCUCAAAAUGGAUGCUUUGGAUUUGGUUUGGACUUGACGGCACUGGGAUCGAGCGAUCUGUCGACUUCCACCAAGUCCUCGGACCGUCUCUCAUGAUUGUGUUCGCCUUUCUGGGGAACACUCUUUUUCUGACGGUUCUGGUGGCGAUGCUGACCAACACAUUUUCAAAGAUUGUUGCAAAUGAGAGCGCAGAAAUUCAAUUCCGGCGCGCAGUUCUCACGUUCGAGGGUGUGAAAAGCGAUGCCAUUUUCGCCUAUCCCCCGCCUUUCAAUGUUCUAGCUCUCAUCGUCCUUCUUCCCACGAAGUUCAUCCUGUCACCGCGACACUUUCACAAAGUCAACGUAUUCGCAAUCCGCCUACUAAACGCUCCCAUUCUGUUACUCAUAGCUGCAUGUGAGCGACCGCGGCUCUGGCGGGCACUGAACGGCAACCCUCCAGGUUCGCCGAAACGAGGCAAACUUGCAGAAUGGGUCUUCUCGGGAUUCUCGCCCCACGGAGAUAUUCAGGCGGUUUUUGACAUAAAGAAUUCGCAUGAGGUUGCCGACAAAUACGACGACUCUGACAUUUUCGAUUCGGAUAUCGGAGAGGAUGAACCUUCCUCUCGACAAUUAAGAGGUCUGAAGACUCAAAAAGGCUUGCAGAGAAGAAGACGUUCAAAGUCUGUCUAA